CAGCGGGUCACGCGCGUCCUGUGCGCAUCUGUGUCGCGCGGCUGCUGUGCCUGAAGCUCGAGCUCAAUACAACGAGUCAUGGACUGUACUCUGCAUUAACGGCGAGACUUCAACAACCGGAUAGACCUCGACUCCACCGAUCAGCCAUCUUUCGUAUUGAAUUCAGUUCCUCUCUAUGCUGGGGAUGAAUGCACCAAUGAGGAGCCUGACCGGUAUGCCUGAUCGCAUGUUAUGUGCAGUGCUGGAGCAAUUUCAGCUUUACUUUUCCCUUUGAUCCACUCUCUCUAUAGCACAGCGAGCCCCAGCAUGCUGAAGAGGAAGCAGAGCUCGCGGGUCGAGGCCCAGCCUAUGACAGACUUUGGGCCAGAUGAAACACUGACAGACAGUGCAGACAUACUUUGGAUCAACAAACCAUGGGUUCAUUCUCUCCUGCGGGCCUGUGCCAUAAUCAGUGUCAUUUCGGUGUGUAUGAAUACACCUAUGACCUUUGAGCACUACCCGCCUUUGCAGUAUGUCACCUUUGCCCUGGAUACGCUGCUGAUGUUUCUCUACACUGCAGAGAUGAUCGCCAAAAUGCAUAUCAGGGGCAUCAUCAAGGGAGAGAACUCCUAUGUUAAAGACCGCUGGUGCAUGUUUGAUGGCUUUAUGGUGGUCUUCCUCUGGGUCUCUCUUGUGCUUCAGGUGUUUGAAAUAGCAGAGAUUGUGGACCAAAUGUCACCCUGGGGAAUGUUACGCAUACCGAGGGCCCUCAUUAUGAUCCGAGCCUUCCGUAUCUACUUCCGAUUUGAACUGCCGCGUACCCGCAUAACCAACAUUCUCAAGCGGUCGGGGGAGCAGAUUUGGAGUGUGUCCAUAUUUUUGCUCUUCUUCCUGCUCCUGUAUGGAAUCCUGGGUGUUCAGAUGUUUGGAACCUUCAAUCAUCACUGCGUCACCAAUGAAACGCAGAAAGGUAAUGUGACAUGGAACAGCCUGGCAAUCCCUGAUACACACUGCUCUCCGAACGGGGAGGGUUAUCAGUGUCCGACUGGGUUUAAGUGUGUGGAUCUGGAAGACUUGGGACUCAGCAGACAGGAACUCGGAUACAGUGGCUUCAAUGAGCUUGGCACCAGUAUAUUCACCGUAUAUGAGGCCGCGUCUCAGGAGGGAUGGGUCUUCAUUAUGUAUCGAGCCAUCGACAGCUUCCCACGCUGGCGCUCAUAUUUCUACUUCAUCACGCUCAUCUUCUUCCUCGCCUGGUUGGUCAAGAAUGUGUUCAUUGCUGUGAUUAUAGAAACGUUUGCUGAGAUCAGAGUGCAGUUCCAGCAGAUGUGGGGAUCCCGGAGCAGCACCACGUCAACAGCUACUACACAGAUGUUUCACGAGGACGCGUCUGGAGGAUGGCAGCUCGUGGCGGUGGACGUGAAUAAACCACAUGGCCGGGCGCCUGCUUGCCUCCAGGUACCAGACAUGCGAUUUAAUGGCACUGACGCCCCCGACUGUCAGCAAACACUCAGUAUUGCCUGACUGCCACAUCUAAUGCCACACUGCUGUGUGGGAGUGCAAGAAAUGUGCUGCAGGCGGCCUGAACGCAAUAGACACAUUUAGAUUUCUCUCAAACUAGCUGGUUUGAUUUUGACAGAGUAUGAAUAGACUGUGGAAUGAACACAGCAAAGUUUGCCUUCCCCCCUUUUGUGAGCCCAAUUUAGCGCAUGCACAACACAUACAAAUUUACAUACCCACUUAUUUGGAUCAUUCUUAUGCCUAAUGUCUCUGCAGAAGCACUAUAAUGUUUUUCCCCAUCUUAUUUUACUUUAAAUCGACAUGAAAUCAAUACUGAC